AUGGCGUCCCCGGGCGUUCCCGGCGGCGGCGGCGGCGGCGGCUCCUUGGGCCUCCUGGUCUGGCUCUUGCUCCUUCAGCCCCGGCUCAGUGAGGCCCAGGCGGGCAGGAAGGGGGCGCAGGGCAGGUCGGCGCCGCCUUCACUCUCUCCACCCCCACCGGAGGGCGGCCGCGAGGUCCCCCGGGCGCUCCCGUGGAAGCUGCCACCUCGAGGGAUUCUGGGACCUUCGGGGGCCCUGGAAUCCCGUAUUGCUGCGGUAGUCCCCGAUUUAGUGGGGUUUACGCUAGGUGACUCUGAUUCCUACAAGGCUCUGAUCCCUCCAAAUACACCAGCACCAGAAGACAGCAAAGAGAAACAGCUCUUUCCUUCAGUAUGCGGCCGUCGGAUGGCCAGGAUAGUUGGUGGAAUGCCAGCCCGAGAGAAGAAGUGGCCUUGGCAGGUGAGCCUGCAGGUCAAUAAUCAACACAUAUGUGGAGGCUCCCUCAUUGCCAGUCGGUGGGUGCUGACUGCGGCCCACUGCAUAUACGGCCAUGUGGAAUACACAGUGAAGAUGGGAGACAUACGUUUGAUGCACACCAGAAAGGCAAUCGAGGUCCCAGUCCAAGACAUCGUUAUCCACAAAAAUUAUAAUCCUGUUGGAAUAACUGAACAUGACAUUGCCCUUGCUCUGCUUGCCUUCCCUGUGAAUUACUCCUCGAACAUCCAGCCUGUGUGCCUCCCUGAAAAGGCUUUCAUGGUCCAAGAUGGUACAGAGUGCUGGGUAACUGGAUGGGGAAAACUGGAUGAAAGAGAAGACCCAAAUUCACCGACACCCCCGCUCCAGGAGGCUGAGCAAACCAUUGUUCGCUAUGAGAAAUGCAACAAAAUGCUCAAAGAAAAGUUGGGAAGUUACAGGGACAUGGUCAAGAAGGGGACCAUCUGUGGUUCCAGCUCCAAAGGAAAGGAUUCCUGCCAGGGAGAUUCUGGGGGUCCCCUGGUCUGUGAAAUUGAUGAUGCAUGGAUCCAGGUGGGGAUUGUAAGCUGGGGCAUUGGCUGUGGUCGCAGAGGGUAUCCGGGAGUUUAUACAGAAGUGAGUUUCUACAAGGAUUGGGUCGUUGCUAGAGUGAGUCAGGCUUCUCGUCUGGACUCAGCAGGUGUCUUUAUCCCACCUCUGUGUCUGGUGCUGCCCCUGGGCAUCCUGGUGACCCCAUGAUCACCCCGACCCAGGGCCCUCCUGUUUCUGAGUCUCACACUAGCCCUGCCUCUGACUUCCACACUACUCAAUGCCCUUCCUCAAUUCCGUUUGGGAUCCACUGACCCUGUGGAGAUACACACGACAGAGACUGGCAGCAAGUCUGGAGCCCCAACAUUGUCCCGGCCUGGAGCUCCCAGAACCUGCCUCAUCCAUGCCUGCAGCUUGGCUGUGCUCUGCCUGCCAGGAAGAGGCAGUUUCACCAUCCCAAUUAGAUGGCCAGGUGACCUGCCAGGUGGAGCAUAAUGGCUCCUCAACAUCUAGUGGAACAUCUAGCAAAGAAGAGACAGCAUCAAUGGUGAAAGAGUGUUAGACCUGACACUUUCUCAAACCAGUCAUCUCGAUGAUUUUUUGAUCGGACUGAGGAGGCAUCACCACAUCCACAUCUGACUCAGUUCUCUGGAGCUGGAAGAAGGUCCUGUGUUCCCCAGCGUGGAUCCAUAUGUGAGUGGCCAGUUUCUGCCACACAAGCCUUCCAGGGGCAACUCAGUCUUGGAACCAGCCCCCUCCAACCCCAGGGCUCCAGUGGCCACACCCAGGCUGGUUGUGUUGAGGCAUUAAGGAGUGUGGAGAUUUCAGAUGUCAACUGAAUAAAUGCUUGGAGUUUCUCGUGUGUUCUGAAGCUCAGGUCUCCUGAAGUUUGUGGGGUUGCACAUAACAUACUGUAGAAAACUAGUUUCUCCUUUAGCGGAGGGAGCUUUCCUGGUGUCCAUGAAGCUCUGGAAGUUCAGAGAUGGGGAGCCUGUGUCCCAGGACGGAAGUCUGACGCGUGUG